GAUUGGCACACCAUGCAAAGCAUUUUCACCAUGCAUUUCUCAGAACUCUUACUCUGGGGAUGCUGUUAAGAUGGCUUUUAUGAAGCAUAUACGGCUGUGUUUUGGAUGGCUGGCUGUUGCGAUCAUGGUUCAUAAUGAAGUCGAGGCCUGGACGUAUCAUUACCGGACAGACGGCAAUAUGGACUGGGAGACAGCUCGCCGGUGGUGCCAGCAGGAUUACACAGACAUGGUGGCCAUCCAGAACCAGGAGGAGAUCGCCUACCUGAACAACACGCUGCCCUACCACAAGCAAUACUACUGGAUUGGCAUAAGGAAGGUGGAGGGACAAUGGACCUGGGUGGGGACCAAGAAGCCCCUGACUGACGAGGCGGCAAACUGGGCACAAGGAGAGCCCAAUAACCAGGGCAGUGGUGAGGACUGCGUGGAGAUCUACAUCAAGAGGGGAAAGGACACGGCCAUGUGGAACGAUGAGAAGUGCAGCAAAAGCAAAGCACCCCUCUGUUAUAAAGCGUCCUGUUUAAAUACGUCCUGCAGUGAACAUGCCGAGUGUGUGGAAAACAUCGGCAGCUACAUAUGCAAGUGUCACCCGGGUUUCACUGGUCCCCGCUGUGAGGAAGCUGUACAGUGCAGGCCGCUCAGGCAACCAAUCUGGGGAUUUUUGCAGUGCAAUCAUGUUUAUAGAGAGUUCCAGUUCAGUUCUUCCUGCCAUUUCCACUGCGCUCAUGGUUACACACUAAUAGGUUCACAGAAUCUACACUGUCUGGAAUCAGGGGACUGGAACAGUGACCCUCCUGAGUGCCAGGCUGUUCAGUGUCCUCCAAUUACUGUUGCCACUGGUGGGUGGAGCAUGAACUGCAGCCAUCCAAUUAACACAAACAGCUACAACUCCACCUGCACAUUCAACUGUGAGGAGGGCUUUGAGCUGGUGGGAUCACUCACCACCCAAUGUGAUCACACUGGACAGUGGACACACAAGACCCCCACCUGCACAGCUGUGUCUUGCAGCACUCUGCUGGCCCCUGCAAAGGGUCACAUGAGCUGUGAUGGUCCACUGGGAAAGUUCUCCUUCCGUUCAUCCUGCAAUAUUAGCUGUGAGGAAGGAUACGCACUAAGAGGAGAGAACAGAAUCACCUGCCUCAAAACCGGCAACUGGUCUGCAUAUGCACCAACGUGUGAAGUUUUAAGGUGCAGCCCACUGAAGUCUGUCCCUCAUGGCUCUCUGCACUGUAUGGACCCUCUGGACGAGUUCAGUUAUGGGUCCACUUGCUGGAUGGAGUGUGAUCUCGGUUUUCAGCUCAUGAGUACAAACUUCACGCACUGCACCUCUCAGGGGAAGUGGAGCCACAGUCUCUCAGUCUGUGAAGCUGUACAGUGUUCUCCAAUCUCUGGAAACUCCAGUGGGUGGAGUCUGAACUGCAGUCAUCCCAUCUCCACAAACAGCUACAACUCCACCUGCACAUUCAGCUGUGAGGAGGGCUUUGAGUUGAGAGGCUCACACACAAGCCAGUGUGAUCACACUGGACAGUGGACACACAAGACCCCCACCUGCACAGCUGUGGCAUGUAACCCCCUCGUGACCCCUGUGAAUGGCAAUGUGAGCUGUGCUGAUCCGCUGGGGAAGUUCUCCUUUCGUUCGUCGUGCACUGUGAGCUGUGAGGAAGGAUACACACUAACAGGAGCGAACACACUCACGUGCCUUAAGACCGGAAACUGGACUGCAGAAGCGCCAACAUGUGAAGCUGUGUCCUGUGGCACCCUGCUGACCCCUGUGAAUAGUCACAUGACCUGCGCUGACCCGCUGGGAAAGUUCUCCUUCCGUUCGUCCUGUGACGUGACCUGUAAUGAAGGAUACACACUCAGAGGAGAGAACAUCCUCACCUGCAUGGAGACCAGCAACUGGUCUGCAGACACACCAACGUGUGAAGCUCGACAGUGCCCCCUACUGCUAUCUCCAGAGAAUGGCAGGAUGAACUGCUCUCACCUUCACUCCUCCUUCAGUUUUGGGUCGCACUGUAGUUUCGGAUGUGAGGACGGUCAUGUUCUCACAGGUGAACCCACACUGGACUGCACUGCAACUGGGUCGUGGAGUCAGGAGAUGCCUUCCUGUAAUGCUGUGCAGUGCGAGCCUCUUGCUCACUCACCUCUUCCCCAAUCGCACACCCCUCCUGUCCCCUUUAUGAAUUGCUCCCACCCCAGAGGCAACUUCAACUUUGGCUCUCAGUGUAUGUUCCAGUGCUCAGAUGGCUACAGGCUGAAUGGGAGCAAUGAGCUGGUCUGUACGUCUGCUGGGAUUUGGACAGACCUCCUGCCCACCUGUGUUGCUCGACAGUGCCCCCUACUGCUAUCUCCAGAGAAUGGCAGGAUGAACUGCUCUCACCUUCACUCCUCCUUCAGUUUUGGGUCGCACUGUAGUUUCGGAUGUGAGGACGGUCAUGUUCUCACAGGUGAACCCACACUGGACUGCACUGCAACUGGGUCGUGGAGUCAGGAGAUGCCUUCCUGUAAUGCUGUGCAGUGCGAGCCUCUCGCUCACUCACCUCUUCCCCAAUCGCACACCCCUCCUGUCCCCUUUAUGAAUUGCUCCCACCCCAGAGGCAACUUCAGCUUUGGCUCUCAGUGUAUGUUCCAGUGCUCAGAUGGCUACAGGCUGAAUGGGAGCAAUGAGCUGGUCUGUACGUCUGCUGGGAUUUGGACAGACCUCCUGCCCACCUGCAUUGCGAAGGAGAUGCCGUUAGGCACCAGCCUGCUUGUGUACAUUGCCACUGGUGCUGCAUCAUCGCUUGGCCUGCUGACGGUAGGAGGGCUGUUUUUGCUCUUGGUGCAGCGGCUCACGAAGAAGGCUAAAUUCACACCAGAUAACUCAGCUUGGGAUGGGAGUCUGAAUCCAGCCUUCGAGGACAUUUAGCUUAGAAAUGUAAUCAGGUGCUUUCUGUCUCAGCUGUUUACAGAUUUCUCAAAAUGUAUUUGCAUUAUGAAUAUUGAUGUUGUCAAAUUCAAUGAAUCUUUGCCUUAGUUGUGUGUUUGUGUAUCUGAAACAUAAAAAAGAGAGUUAUAUUGUGUGAUUUUUA